CUUGAAGGGAAAACUGUAAUAGAGCUACACAUGAAGACCACUAUAGUCAACUAAUUUUAUUUUGUUGUAAUUAGAUUAGAGCUCUUUUCUUUUGAGUUGAAGUGGAUUGAGUUGAAUCGGACUGAAUUGAAAAAUGAAUUGAAUUGAAUUUGUGCCUCAAAGAACAGGGCCUAUGCUUGUUUUAGUUACAUCUAUAUUUUCUCGGUGUAACAAAUACUCAAAUACUCCUAGUAUGCGCAACUGUCUGUCUACUAUGAACCCUUACUAUUAGCUAAUGAAUGGAAGCACUUUCUCUGCCAAAAAAAAGUAGUUGUAAUUGUUGUAAAAUCUAAUUCAGUAAAUUAUGUUAUUGGUUAGAAAAGAACUCAACAAGGGAUAUGGAUAGUUGGAGAUGGAUAAACUAAAAAAAAGGGAUGAAAUUAAUGUGUUUGACGAGUUUGGAUGGGCAUGGAGCUAUUGCUCAAUACAAUUUUGGUUGGACCCGACCCAUAUUUAAGGGUUUGGGUCUAGAGUUUUGAGACCCAUUGGAUUUUGGGACGAAUUUGGGUUUGGGGUAAAAAAAGGGUCUACGUCUCUCCCCAUAGACCCAUGUUCAUAUAUAUAAUAAUACUUUAUCCGUUAUGAAAUAAAUGAAAUAAUAAUAGUAUCUUUAAUAUGGAUGAAAAUCUAGAGAACUAUAAGAAAUUAUUAGAGGAAUAAACAACAAGUAAUUCAUGUAAUGUUUUUUCUUUUGGUUGAUAUAUAUACCUACAUUUGUUUUAUUAUUUGCAACUCUUUGUUCGUAUAUUAAUCAUAACCUAGUCAAGCUUGUUUGGUGUAGUUGGUUAGGGAUUCACCUUGUAACCUUAAGUCACAAAGUCGAAUCCUCCUAACUGCUGUUAUUGUGGGUACAAACUCCCCCUACCUUCACCCCUACUCUUAUGUCUUAACUCUUAAGUGCCUGGUCCGUAAAUGCUAGACCAAAAAAUUGUGCGAAUUGAGGUAUAGACAAGGUCUUUCUUCGUACUACAAAAAUAAAGGUUUUUGCACAAAGAUUAAGAAUUUAGUUAAUUUUAGUUGGAUUUGCAUGGAUAACAAGAAUUGAUAUUAAAUAUUGUAUUGAUAAUACUACCUCUGUAUUUUUUUAGUUGCACCAUUUGAUUUUUCACAUUUGUUGGGAUGUUUUUUUAAAAGUUCAUAUUUCUUAUUGGGUUUAAGUAAAAAUUAUAAAAAUUUGAUAUUUGAAAUCUUCACAUUGAGACGAAUUUAACAAGACCCCACUUGACUAUGUUUUUUCUUAUAUAAUAUGCGAGAUAACUUAACAAAGUUAAUUGAUGAAUAGUGUCAAAGACGCAAAUGGUGCAACUAAGAAAAUACAGAGGUAGUACAAAAUAACCUAUAGGCUUAUCAUGAUAGCAUAAAGUUGCAUUUAAUCUUACAUUGAUAUUGUCGAAUGCCUUAUAUUUUGAAACAAUUUUUUUUAACUAAAAUGCCUUAUAAUUUAAAACAGAAGGAGUACAAAAUUACGAAUGUAAAAAAAUCCCACAUUAAUUUUUUUUUAUUCCUUAUGCAUAACAAAUCAAAGUAUUACAUCAUUGAAUGGGUCAAGGAUGAAGCACUUUCCAACACUUUACCUAAAUUUCUCAAUACAUCUACUAGAAAGUAGACACACAUACUAUAAACCACUAUAAAUUGUAUUAGGUGACAAAGAGGAGAAAGCCACACAAAAAUAAUGCGGGAAGAGAACUCAGUAAAGCUACAUGGAAUGUGGGCAAGUCCUUAUGUUUUAAGAACUAAGAUCGCCUUGAAAAUUAAGGGUAUAGAGUAUGAAUAUAUAGAGGAAGAUCUUUCUAACAAAAGUGACUUGCUUCUACAAUAUAACCCUGUUAAUAAGCAAGUGCCUGUACUCGUGCACAAUGGCCUCCCAAUUGCGGAGUCCAUGAUCAUCCUUGAAUAUCUUGAUGAGGCUUGGACUGACCCUCCAUAUCUCUUGCCAAAGGAUCCUUACCUAAGGGCCAAACAUCGCUUUUGGGUCACCUACUUCCAACAGGUAUCCGAUGCUUUAGGCCAAGCACUAUUGGCAGGAGGCAAAGCGACCGAGGACAGAAUGAACGAUUACUGGAAGAAGCUUGAUGUAGCUGAAGAUUUGAUCAAGGAGAUCUUCUCUGAUGGCGCUCCAUCUUUUCAGGAUUCGAAGCCCGGAUACUUGGAUAUAAUGUUCUAUUCGUAUUUUGGAACAUCUGAUGUUGUUAAAGAGUGCUUUGGAAUUGAUCUUUUGAUCGCAGGAAGGUAUCCGUUAUUAACUUCUUGGAUCAAUGCACUGAGUGAAGUUCCUGAAUUCAAAGAAUUGACACCACCGAAAGAUAAGCUGCUUCAGAAUCUUCGUGCUGUGCUGCCCAAGUACAUGUCAAAAAAGGCGGCUGAAUGAGAUGGUUAAUAUCAGUUGUUGUCGUGUUGAUGAGAAUAGUGUGUUUAAAGUUUAAACUGUAACAACAUUGGAGGAAUAAAAUUUUAGUAUGUUCUAUGCUAAAUCUAUGGUUUUGUAAGGGGUGGAGAGUGUAAGAAUAUAUAGGAAGUGAAUGUGUGAGUGCGCCAAAACUUGUAGAAAUUAAAAUUUACCGUAUCAUAUUAAUGGAAAUUAAAAUAUGCAUAUUUGUUACUUAACAAUGAUAACUUUAAUAAAUCACAUCAAAGUAAAAUUGUAUAUAUAUUUUUUUACAUUGAGAAAACUUG